GUGCUGGAUGUGUGGCGAAGACAGAGUUCAAUUUGGUAAGGCUAUGAAAGCGUAAAGGUUUGUUAAAAAGUUUCCUUUGAAACUGCAUUUAAACGUGUGUUUGUAAACCAAGCUCAUUUUCAGUAAUCGUCGUACAGGAUGGUUGAUCUUUCCUUAAUCUGGUCAUCGAAAUGUCGAUGUUUUCGACCUAUACGAUGAAACACGAACUUGGCAAUGUCGUGGUCAAUGGUCGCACGAGUUGAUUGACCGACUUAUUUCUUCGUGCCACUUCCCUGCACUGUCGUAAAUCUUGGCUAUUUUUUUGCACUGAACCGUCUCACAUCGAAAUAUGUCAUUUAUUCACUACAAAUUCAAGAACAACCUCGAUUACAAAACUCUUUCUUUCGACGGUUUGUCAAUAUCACUAUGCGAUUUGAAGCAGGCCAUUCUAUCGCAAAACAGAACAAAAGGCAGCGAAACCGACUUGGAAGUGACAAAUGCUCAAACUAAAGAAGUAUACACAGAUAAUGGCACUCAAAUACCAAAAAAUGCUUCAGUGAUAGUCCGUAGAACUCGUUCAGGACCAAAGGAAAAGGCAAUGACUGCAGCAGAAAGACCACAGUCGCCUGGAGAGGCAUCUAAACCAAAGACCGAGAGCUCAGACGACCCACCAGUUGUGCCAUUGAGCAAGCUAAACAAGGUCGCAGAUUUGGCGUCAGCAAAUGCUUCCGAAGAAGACAAGAUUGCUGCGAUGAUGAAUCAAGCUGGAGAAGACUGGGAUCCAUCAUCCUAUGCAAAAGCAAAAGGUCGACAUUUUAAUCCAGCUCCCCGUCAACCUCCACCGCCGCACUAUAUGUGCUUUCGAUGUCGCAAACCUGGACACUGGAUUCAAAACUGUCCCAAGAAUAACGAUCCAAAUUAUGACCUAAAGAUACGACGAACAACUGGAAUCCCUAAGAGCUUUCUUCGUCCCGCUGAAAAGCCUGGUCAGAAAGGAGCUUUGUUGGUGCCUGAAACUGGAGAACAUGCUGUACCGAUUGUUGACCACAUUGCGUACGAACAAGCGGCGUUAAAGAAACGACCGGCAGCCAUUUCCAGUCAAGCAGAAAACGAGAAACCCGUUCCACCCGAGUAUUUCUGUCCAUUGUGUAAGAAUAUUAUGAAGAAUGCAGUUGUUGUUCCUUGUUGUGGGGAGAGCUUCUGCGAUAACUGUAUAGAGAAAUAUUUAUUAGAAAACGAUCACGUGUGUUUUUCAUGUCACUCGGAAGAAGUAUUUCCUGCCUCCAUUGUUGUCAACAAGCAUCUAAGACAGUCAAUUAUUAAGAUCCAGUCUUCAGGAUUUGAGGCGGGAGGAUUGGGUACAACCAUGUCUUCACCAAGUGGACACAGAGAUGAAGAGCAAGGAAAGUCAACGCCUGUUACAGCUCCCAAUGCAGAAGCUUCUGCUGUGAGUGUGUUAGAUGAAACCAAGAAGGCUGCUUCGGGCACUUCUACACCUCCGACAGUUUCGCAGCUCACAGUAACUGUAGCUAAAGUCACUUCUGCCCCAGUCACAAUGUUACCGCCUGGAGUGGUUCCACCUACUCAAGCUACGAUGAUUGAUCCGCGCUUGCAAAGGUCUGAAGGUAUUCUCCAGCCCAUGGCAGUCCCCUUGCAUGUAGCUACACCUCUUCAUCGACCAACCUUCGUAGUGCCAGCUCCUUCCUUCCAUCAUACAUCGCUGGUACAUCCAACGGUCCCUGCUAUUCCAUCACCGUUCGGUCACCAUAUCGCUCAUUCAGCCAUGUUGCCCCCAACCAGACAUCCUUUUGCUAAUCUUAAUGCUGGCAUGAUGAAUGAAGAGGAGUUCUAUCGUGCAAAGCAAAAACUACAAGAAAGACGAAAACGACGUAAAGAUGGUGGCGAUAGAAAAAGUCGAACGAAGAGGGAUCGCAGCCCGCGAAGUCCAAGAGAUCGACGUGGAUCACCGGGCUCACGGCGAUCACCUUUUGACCGAAAGCGGUCACCUUCUUGGUCUUCAUCUAGAUCUAGCUCACGUUCGUCGAGGUCGCAGUCAUGGUCGAAAUCUCCGUCGCGUUCUUAUAGUCGCUCAAAAUCGCGCACACCAAUAAACUGGGACCGGUCACGUUCUCCGUCGCUCGAACGAAAACACGGUAGACAUGAGGACGACAGAAAACGACGUCAUGCACAUGAUUCCAGGAAACAAUCUAAACAUGAUCAGUCUCAUAUUUCUGAGAAAGCUGUUGUGAAGUCGAAAGACAAAUCAAGGAUUUCCAAUCCUGACACGAUGAAAAACAAAUCGCAAAAGUCAUCAAAGAAAACAACCGAAUCUUCUCGUAAAGAAGCAGUUAAAAAUGAACCGGCCAAGGAAAAAAUGGAGACAGGUACUAAGGCAUGUAAAAAAGUCGAAUCAUUCCGCGAUGACAUUGGUAGGAAGGACAUGAAAUUGAAAUUUAACGAUAAAUCGAAAUCUGAUUCUAAAAGUACUGAAAUGAUUAAGAAUGUCAGCUCAAACCAAUCGAAAACCGACCACCAACCUGUUGAUGCAAAGUCGAGGAAUAAAGUCGACAGCAGGAGUGAAUCGGCUAAGGGCACGAAGAAUCCCAACAUAACAGGGUCGAAAGCUAAGGGCGUUGUCAACACGACAUUGAAGAAUAAAGAUACGAAAGAGAAGAGUCAAAGGAAUGUAGAGCAGAAAAAAGGUAGUAGAGAGGCCCAAAGUAAAGAUGGCGAAGGCAGACGGACUAAACGAAUGUCAAAUUUACCAGAACCUUCAACGGAGUCGUCAUCAAAAUCAAAAUCUCCUAAACACGACUCUAAAAUUUGUAAGAAAACAGAGAAAAUGGGAGGAUCAUUUCGUGUAAUAAAUGUAAUAAAGGUUAAUAGCAAGUGUGCUGUCUCUGAUAGGAAUAAGAAUAGUGUAUCAAAAUCAGAUAAAGCGAGUUCGAGAAGCGGCAGUAAAAAAGAUUUCUUAGAAACUUCAAGAGAUUUGCAGAAGUCGUCUACCAAAGACUCAACGAAGAAUCGUGAAACGGAAUUGAGUGGAAGCAGUUCACAGAAUGAAAAACCUCGCAAAAAAACUGUUUAUAAAACGAAAAAGAAAAAUGUUGAAAUGUCGACGGGUAAGAGCGAAAAGUUUAUUGAUAAUUUGCAACGGCAAACUACUUCUCCCAAGACCGAAAGAAAGCGGAAAUCUAAUCGGGAAGGUAGUGCUUUAUCGUUUAAAAAGGAUAGAACUAUAAAAUCGGAAGGAAAAGGUGGUGAAAAACCUAUUGUGCCAAAGACUACAAAACAGUAUAAAAAUGAAGGACCGACUCUCAUAAAAACGAUUACGUCAAAAAAGUCUACGAAUAGUAGCGAGUUAGAUAAUAGUAACAAAUCUAGUGUGUCUAUAGUAAGGAAAUGUUCCAUAUCCGAUUUGAGAGAUAUUGUGAUUAAGAAUUCUGAUCGAUUAGAUUCUGCGGGUAGCGAUGAAAAGUCUAUUAAAAAGCGGAAAGUUUCACGAAAGCGAUCGAAAGAUAAUGAGGACAAUUCGGACGAUAGCUCAGACAAACCGAGAAAAAAGAAGAAAAAGCGAUUGUCCGUCUAUGAAGAAGAUCAUAAAGAUCUAAAACGUAAAAAACGCAAACACAAAAGGAAACAUCGCAAACAUAAGCAUAAGAAGAAGUCAAAGCGAAAAACAAGAAGGCCUGAAACAAGUGAGGAGUCAGAAGAUGAUUCCGAUCGAGAAUGCGACUAUAGUGACAGUGACAAGAAUGAAGAUGAUUCAUUUAAGGUUCACAAAGGAAAUAGUGCCAUUGAAUUUGGAGUGGGCCAACAUUGGAGCAGGAAGUUUGAGCAUAUUGCUGAAAAGAAAAGUUUUGAAAGCGACCGAUCAACACAUAGGUGUAAAAAUUUAACUAAGGCAGAUUCAUAUGAUGAUGAAGAUAACGAUGACUGGAGUGCUAUUGAUAGUUUAAAAGUUGAAGUUAACACUGGUAGUUGUGAUGUCAGUGACGAUGACAUUUAUCUCGAGGACGUCGUGGAACAGGGCACCUCUGACGAAGAAAAGUUACAACAUGAUGAAGAUGAUGAGGACGAGGAACUUGACUAUGAUGAAGAUACGGUUAAGGAUUAUGAAAGUGAAGAGGAGCUGAAGGUGGAUCUUGAAGGGAAGAUAGAAGCUGAUGAGAAGGAGGAGGAUUAUGUUGUUGAAGAGGAAAAAUCUGACAUGGAAUUUGAAUCAGAUGAGGGUGUUUCCGAGGAAGGUGAUGAUGAUUGUGAUACAGUUAGUGAUAAGGUUGAUUCUGAUCUAGGAAAAGAUGAUGAAGAAGAAGAUAUCGAGGAAGUCAAUGAUCAAAAAGAUGAGGAGGAAGAUGAAGAAAUGGAUGAAGGAGAAGAAGAUAAUGAAGUGGAAAAAGAGGACGAUGUGGAAGAAGAGGACAAGGGAGAAGAAGAGAACGAGGGAGAAGAAAAGGACGAAGGACAAUUAGAGAAUGUUGGAAGUGCAUUAGAGGAUAACGAUGAUGAAGAUGAUGAAGUUGAUGGUGAUGAUGAUGGUGAAGAUGGUCAAGAUGAUAGUGAAGAAGUUGAUGACACAAUCGAAGAAAAUAAUAGUGAUAAAGAAAAUAAGGUUCAGAUGGAGGUUGAAGAACCCGAUGAUAAGGAUGAAGUUGUUGAAGAAAAAAUUGAUUUGGAUAAUGUGGUCAUAGAUAAAGACGAUAAAGAGAAUGAUUUAGAACAGGACGUGACACAGGAAGAUAAUCAAGAUGAGGUUGAAGAAAAAGAGAAUCGGGUGAAAAGAGACGCAAAUAUUGAAGAAAAUGAAGAAAUGUCGGGGCAAGAGAGUGAAAAGGAACAUGAAAAUAGUGAGAAUAAAGACGUAGAACACGAGCAAAACGAGGAGCAACAUGAACACCAUGAGGAAAAACAGGAAUUGGAGGAAGAGCAAAUUCAUAAAGUAGAAGUUGUAGAAAUAGAAGUGGAACAUGACAAUCCCGCUCAACAACAAUUUACUGAGAUUAGCGACGAACCUGAACAAAAUAAAGUUACUAAAGUUGGAGUAAAUGAUGAACUGGAAAUAAAAAUGAGCGUCAAUGAAAAUGAACAAGUAGACCCAACAACAGAAUUUGAACUUGAGAAACAUAAAGAAACUGAAAGGGAAAAUAUUUGUGAUGAAGAAAAUGAAGGAGAAUCAGUAACUACAAGCGUGAAUAGUAGGGAAAUUGCAGGUAAUUUCAACAACAACACGCACGACGAAAUCGUCUCUAUGGCUACGGACGAUAACAGUUGUGGAGGGUAUGUAUUUCGACAUAACGUCGAUGGUGACAAUGAAACGGAAGAUUUAUUUGACGAAGCUCUGUUAGGGACUAACGAGGAUGACUGGAACUAUAAUCAAAAUUGCAAUGUUGAUGAACUGUAUGGCGAUGUUGACGUCAGCUUUCAAGCAAGUAAUUACGUACACUGUGACGUUUGGAGUGGGGAUAACAGGGACGUCGUGCUGGCUGUUGACAAGGUUGCCAUUUCGAAUGAUCGAAAUAAAUUGGACUUUAAAGAAAGGGAGUGUACUACUAAUAAUGUUAAUAAUGGCUGGAGCGGAAAAUCGUGUCACUCUUAUCCGUGCCUUGAUUCAGGAGUAAGCUCCGCUAAAAACACGCGAAGUGAGGAGUCACGUGACUCAAAUUAUAGUGCGUUUUAAAGUAAAAUACUUCCCUGGCUUUUUUUACUCGGCUAAUCGCGAGUACGUUGUGUGAUUGAGUCUCUUUAGUCUUACUUCUACUUAAAUUAUUUCCUGCAUUUUCUCUGCUAUCGUACGUAUCACAAGGAACCUUGUAUAAAAAAUUUUAGUGCGGAUAUUCUAUAAAGUGAUCAGCCGUGUGUCUUUUGUAUGUCGUGUGUUUUGUAUCUUUACUGGGUUUUUUCAAACAGAAUGGCGUUUUCAUAGUGUCUUCAAAUAGCGUGCGAAGUGCUAUUUCAUGUAUUCUUCCUUGCCCUCGUCUUGUUCCAGAUUCUGACGUGUCGUGUACAAGCGAUUAAUCUGGAAAAUUGAAACAGUAAUACCAUUUUAAUUGACGGGGUAGGUUAUUUGUGAAUAUGUAAUGAGGAGUAUUAAAAUUUUUGUACAAUGUUUUUCUUCAUGAGAGUAAUACAUAUUUUGUAUAUCUUAAA